CAUCCAUGUCUAAGAGUUAUUUAUAGAGACUUGGGAAAGAAGGGGUCUUCAGUGUACCCAUCUAAGGGUAGAUUUGAGGAAGCCUACACCUGCACUGCUUUGGGGUUAGAGAGAAGCUCUUGGUCACUUGGCUGGGGCCAGGAAAGAGGGAGCCAAUAGUCUGUCGGGCUAAAUCAGACAAUAUGCACCUGAGGACUAGACCCACCAAGGCUGGUUAAAGAAGAUCCUUGCAAGAGUUGGACUAGAACAGAAAGUUUGUUGGGACAGCUCUUGUGGGUCAAGUUGGAGUUUGGAGGGGCAUAUGGAGAACCCUUUGAUUUGCCUUUGGUGCCUUAGAGAGAUGUUUUGUUUUUUGAGGUCUUUCCCAGGCUGCUCUCAAACUCCUGGUUCAAGUGAUCCUACUGCUAUACUCUCCUGAGUAGUUGGGAUAUAGGCAUGCUGGUGGCACCUGGUUAAGGCUUUCAUUGAUGGCCCUCUGCAAACCUGGUGGCCACCUUUGCAGACAGUGGUAGGAGGAAGGUGAAAUUUUCUAGGAGCAAAUUGUACCACCAAGAAGUUGAUGCAGUGCCCUCCAGGGGCUCCCCUGUUCAAAAGUGAGGACAGGUCAUUUUCUGUCCUACACCUCCUGUUUUCAGGGCCCAGUACUUUUCUCCAUAACCCUUCCUCAUUGAAGCUCUCAGGCCCCAGAGGUUCCAGCCAGGGGAGGGCCUGAGCCUGAGUAGGGCAGGCAGCUCUGGGGCUCAAACCGGUUUUCCCACCCUGCCUGGGACUGGCACUUCACCUCUGGUUACCUCCCAACCCCUCACCACCCCUUUGCUACCAAGUUCCUCUUCUCCCUACCCUGGAAUGUUGCGUGGGGGAUAUUCUUUGCCUGCACUGGGUAUGGUUCCUCCCAGAAAGGCAAGGCCAUUGUGCAUCACUUUAAAACAAGAAGGUGGGGUGACUUCCACUUUUGGCUUUCUGCACUUUUGGCACUCCCCUUCAGGCCUUGAAGGCUUUGAAACAUAGUGACAACAAAAAGGACUUGAGAUUAUCCAUUGGCAUCACCCCCAUUCCUUUAUCUGAACUCUGGAGGAGGAGACCAGGGAGCCAAAAAUCAAGCCCAACCUACCCCCCCACACACACACACACACAUCCCAUGUGCUCUGGAGUGAGUAGGAGGGAACAGUGGUGUUCUCCCCAAGUGACCCUGGCCAACUCAGGUCCCUUACUUCAAGUACUAACUAGGCAAAUCACUUCCAGCUGUUUUUUGUCAUCAAGAACACCUCUUGCUGGAACUGAGAUGAUCUCAUUAGUGAUCAUACUGCUGAUACUAAUAGGGCCUUACAGUAUAUCAGGCUUUAAACACUUUCCAAAGUGCCCACAAGAUAGGAAAAACCAUGACAAAUAGGCAGAGAGAGGUUUGGUGAUGUACCCAAAGCCACACUUGUGUUAGAAGGAAGGUUUCUCCCCAGGCUGACCCUAGAAGUACUCCUUUACUGCUACCCUGUACCUAUUCAAUAAUGAGGGAUCCAUCUUCCUAACUCUUGUAGGGUUGCCUUUGAAGUGGAGCUGUUUACUAAAAUCAAUUGCUAAUCCAUGGUUGAAUAGCUCUUUGAAAGAUGAGGAAUGCAGAUAGAUGUAGCUCUUGCUUCUGUACCUGUAACCAACUCCCAUUACCCCCAAUUACCAAACAAAUACAGGUCUUUUGUAAAUGUUAACAUCUUUCCAUUUUGUAAGUUCUUUCCUAUUCAUUACCCCUCCCCACACACACACACACAAGUAGGUGAGAACUUUCCCCAUUUCACAAAGGAGCAAAUAGGGUGAUGGAGUUGAAUGACUUGCUUAAGGUACUGACUUUGAACUCUGUGCUUUCUCUGGGAGUUUUGGUUACCUAUUAAAUGUCCCUCCAGAACACUGGUGGGAUGAGGAAGUGCCAGUGGCCCUUUGAGUACAGAACUUUGGGAGGGAGCCAGCAAGGAAGCACUGUCACACAGAAGUCAAUCGCACAGCUCAGAUGGGUAGCAGAUUAUUAACAGUACUCCCAAAUGGAGGUGAUUAUUAUUAUGGCAAUGCUUUCCUUCAUUUAGGACUGAUAGCUAAAGGGCACAGAAGGAGGAUCCCAGCCCUGGGGAUACUGGUGCCAGGAUUCUGGGGGCCUGUUUGGCUUUGGCAGAUCUCAGAAUGGGUCAGCAGGUGGUAUGGGUGUAGAGGUGAUGCCUUUUUGGAGGAAAAAGGGAAGAUAAGGACACCCAACUCUUUACAACUCUGGAGCCCAGGAAAGGGUAGCUGGAAAAAACUACAACUCCCAGAAGGCCCUGCUUCAAGGCGAGUCGGCAAUGGUUGCCAUGGUUUCAGAAAACAAUAUGGCUGCUCCCAGAUGGGACGUAAGUCUUUGGGCUAGGGAGGCAGAGGCAGAUCUGGACACCCGCAGUGGUGAGAGAGGAAGCGUUUGAGGGGUCGUGAGGCUGGGUCUGGACGCUGCACGAUUGGAACGGCUUGACCUUGCUGGGCUCCAAUGGCGAGCAGUGUGGAUGAGGAAGCGCUGCACCAGCUGUACCUAUGGGUAGACAACAUCCCUCUGUCCAGGCCCAAGAGAAACCUCUCCCGGGACUUCAGUGAUGGAGUCCUGGUGGCAGAGGUCAUCAAAUUUUAUUUCCCAAAGAUGGUGGAGAUGCACAAUUAUGUCCCUGCAAACUCUCUCCAGCAGAAGCUCAGCAACUGGGGUCACCUGAACAGGAAGGUGCUAAACAAACUGAACUUUUCGGUACCAGACGACGUAAUGCGCAAGAUUGCUCAGUGUACCCCGGGUGUGGUGGAGUUGGUACUCAUCCCGCUGAAGCAGCGCCUGGAGGAGCGGCAAAGGCGCAGGAAGCAGGGCUCCGGUUCCUUACAGGAGCUGCCUCCCGCUGAUGGCAGUGGCUACUUGGAUGUGGAUGUAUCCCAGAAGACACGAGGGGAAGGUGCACCAGAACCCCAAGGAGGAGAGCAGCUCAGGGUGGGGCGGCUGCCGGCGCCCCGGCCUCCUGGGUAUAGCCAGGCGCUGCAGGGCGACCCAAGCUUCGUCCUUCAGAUUGCUGAAAAGGAGCAGGAGCUGUUGGCCUCGCAAGAGACCGUGCAGGUCCUGCAGAUGAAGGUGAGGCGCCUGGAGCACCUGCUUCAGCUCAAGAACGUGCGCAUCGAGGACCUUUCCCGGAGGCUCCAGCAGGCGGAGCGCAAGCAGCGGUGAGCUGCGCCUGAACGUCCCACUACGGGUCAGAGCCCAGACGUCGCGACCCACCCACCCAACAGCAGACGCAAGAUUGGGAGGGCGGAGCCAGCUGCUCGGCCCUUGUGCCUCUCUCCCUGGGGAUGGGAGUGAGCAUAGGGGCGUUAGGACUGGAGCCCUAGGAACCGAAGUUCGCGACUGAGCCGCCUCCUUACACUCCACCCGGGUCAGGAGAAUGGACCGCUUUCCAGAGCCCAGAAGCCACGUGCGGAGACCCAGCGUGCCCACCAAAGCAGUGCCCAACACCUGGGGUCCCGCCUUGGAACUCCAGGUGUUGGGCCCUAAGAAGCCGUCUCUUGGUUCAGUCCACACCCCCAGACCCAGGUCACCGCCCAGCUCUGAGGCCAGCGACGUCUUCAUCCAGACUAGUUCUCCAUGGCCUCAGACACACGGGAAAUUGCCCCUAGAAACCGAGUGGCUCCCAUGCCCCUCCUGGGUGCUCACCUGGGACCCAUCUCGAGGCUGGAGACCGAAGCAGCUGGAGAGAAAGGCGUGAUGAGUAGGAAUAGCCAGAAAUAGGAGACACAUCCGUGGUGCCUAUAGCAGUCUCCCUCCCAGCCCAUUGGGUACUGGCGGGUGUGCCUGGGGUGUGUCUGUGACAGGGCUGCCCUCAUUAAAGGUGGUGUUGUGCUUUC